AUGGCUGCUCAGAAGGGUCAUCUUGUUAUCACCGAAUAUCUCGUCAGUCAAGGAGCUGAUGUGAAUAAGGGAGAUAAAAACGGCUCGACUGCAUUACACACUGCGGCCUUCAGAGGUCAUCUUGAUGUCACGAAAUAUCUCAUCGGUCAAAGAGCUGAGGUCAAUAAGGGAGAUGAUGACGGAAUGACCGCAUUACACAGUGCUGUCGUCGGUGGUCAUCUUGAUGUCACGAAGUAUCUCACCAGUCAAGGAGCUGAGGUGAACAAGGUAGAUAGUGACGCUGAGGUGAAUAAGGGAGAUAAGGACGGCAAUACUGCAUUACAUCUUGCUGCUUUAGGUGGUCAUCUCGAUGUCACCACAUAUAUCAUCAGUCGUGGAGCUGAAGUGAAUAAAGGAGAUAAAGGCGGUAGGACUGUAUUGCACAGUGCUGCCUUUGGUGGUCAUCUCAGAGUCACCAAGUAUCUCGUCAGUUGUGGAGCUGAAGUGAAUAAAGGAGAUAACGACGCUGAAGUGAACAAGGCAGAUGAUGACGAUAGAACUGUUUUGCACGGGGCUGCCUUCGGUGGUCAUCUCAAAGUCACCAAAUAUCUGAUCUGCCAAGGAGCUGAGGUGAAUAAAGGUGACAAAGACGGUAAGACUGCAUUACAUUAUGCAGCAAUUAAAGGUUAUCCUGAGAUCACCAAAUAUCUCAUCAGUCAAGGAGCUGAGGUGAAUAAGAGAGACAACCACGGACAGACUGCAUUACACGUUGUCGCAUUCAAGGGUCAUCUUGAUGUUACCAAAUAUAUCUUCAGUCGAGGAGCUGAAGUGAAUAAAGGAGACAAUGACGCUGAGGCGAAUAAGGAAGAUAUUUACGGUUCGACUGCAUUACACAGUGCUGCCGUCAAUGGUCAUUAUGACGUCACCAAAUAUCUAAUCAGUCAAGGAGAUGAGGUGAAUAAGGCAACAAUUGACGGAAGUACUGCAUUGCACAUUGCUGCAUUCGGUGGUCAUCUCGAUGUCACCAAAUAUCUCAUCAGUCAAGGAGCUGAGGUAAAUAAGGGAAAUGAUGGCGGUAGGACUGCAUUACACCGUGCUGCCUUUAGUGGUCAUCUUGAAAUUGCCAAAUAUCUCAUCAGUCAAGGAGCUGAGGCGAAUAAGGAAGAUAAUUACGGUUCGACUGCAUUACACAGUGCUGCUGUUAAUGGUCAUUAUGAUGUCACCAAAUACCUCAUCAGUCAAGGAGCUGAGGUGAAUAAGGGAGAUAAAGACGGCAGAACUGUAUUACACAGUGCUACAUUCGGUGGUCAUCUCGAUGUCACCAAAUAUCUUAUCAGUCAAGAAGCUGAGGGUAAUAAGGGUGACAAAGACGUAAAGGAGCUGAGGUCAAUGAGGAAACUGAUUGCGGCGUGA